AUGGUAAGAACAGGGUUUAGAAUGGAGGAGUUCGAGCGGAUGCAUGGCGAGAUAAAGCCAGAGUCACGCGUGCAUCAUGUCAACAUUCAUGACCAGACGGGUUUUACAAUUUCCGAUGAAUUAUUGGCAAUUUUUGUUCCGAUCGUGCUAUAUUGGGUAUGUUCUGGUAUUUAUGUUCUUCUGUGCUCGUUUGAGAAUUAUCGGUUACACUCAAAAAUAGAUGAGGACAAAAAGAACUUAGUGUCUAAACGAGCUGUCAUCAAAAGGGUUCUUUUCAAUCAAUCAAUUAAAGCUGUUGUUGUAAGCCUUUUGUUUAAGGUCACAGGGAGUAAUAGUGGGGAUGUCGCGAGUCCAAAGCCUUCUUUAAUGGUUUUAGCACGACAGUUCGUUACUGCAAUGUUGGUUUUUGAUACUUGGCAAUACUUCAUGCACAGAUACUUUCACCAAAAUGAGUUUUUGUACAAGCACUUUCAUUCUCAGCAUCACCGCCUCAUUGUUCCCUACGCGUUUGGAGCUAUUUAUCAUCAUCCCUUUGAGGGGCUUAUCAGCGACGUAAUUGGCAGCGCCUUAACGGUUCCUCUGUCUGACAUGUCUCCACGAGCUUCCAUAUUCUUUUUCUCCUUUGCCACCAUCAAGAACGUCGAUGAUCAUUGCGGAUUGUGGCUUCCUCGCGGGAGCCCCUUCCACAUUUUCUUUAGAAACAAUCAGCUAUAUGGAAGCAAGUACAACUUUGCCACACCAUUCUUUGUUCAUUGGGAUAGAAUACUCGGAACCCAUAUGCCUUACUCGUUAGACGAGAGAGCCGGUGGUGGCUUUGAAGCACGAACUGCAGAUGAUAACAAGAAUGAUUGA